AUCCUAUUUGGGCCAACGGAACGCUCGUGUGUUUAUUUUAUUAAAGUAUUUCUUUUUUGUUUAGAAAAGUGAUUUGAGUGUUAGAAGAUUGUUUUUGGAGAAUAUUUGUCGGCGAAAAUGUAUUCACAAAUCCCAUUCAUAGAAACAAUACCGAGGCAAAGGAGUUUCGGAUGCCUCUCACUGAAAUUCGGAAGCAUAUUCUCAGCUUUAACUAUUAUUUUGUACACAAUCCUCGCCCUCGCACAAUGCAUGGCCACCAUCGACCAGCUGAUCCCCAGCGAGGUCAGCUGGUCCAACCGGGAGAGCGUCACCAUGUACCUCUUCGCGAUCUCCAUUAUCCUCAGCCACUGCAUCACACUCAUCCUCACGGCUAUCAUGUUAGCUGGUACACUAAGGGAGAAACCAAACUUGAUGAAGCCGUGGGUGAUCUGGACGUCUUGCCUGGUGAUGGGCAACCUGCUACUCAUGGUCUACUGGACAACCAUCACCGUCGUCUUCAACCACAUCGAUGACAGCUCUUUCCUCAUCUACGUGGUUGCCUUCUUGAUUUUAAUAAUCCGGUUCUACAUGCUGAUGCUGGUAUCCAGCUACUACAGACAGCUGAUUGAGGAGUCAGCGGAGAGGAUGAAGACUCUACUGAACACUGACACGUGGUACUCGGCGUAGUAGGAACAGCUGGUGGUCAGCAACAGAAGUCAGAUAACAAGGAGAUAGAUAAUCCGAUUAACCAAGUACCCGUAUGUUAAUAUAGUACCUAUUGAGAGGCGAAUAAAUAGGUAUUUAUUUAAUAAUGGUACCUAUACCCAUGUAUAUGUAUUUAUCGGGAUUGAAUGCCAGUUCGACUGGCGGAUCUUGCCGUUGUAUGCUCAAUUAUUGAUUGCCUGACUAGUUUCAGACCCAAUUAGUCGGGCGAUCCUUAUAAAGACGCUUGAGUAGAGCGUUACAAAUAAGAUGAUACAAAUAAACACCAUUUUUCGGUGAUAUAAAGGAUUUGGUGUUUAUGAGCAUAUUUUGCAACAACAGCUAAUUGAAUUUCAAGUUUCCAGUUUCAGUUGUUUUGAAAAUCUGAUUUUGUUAACUGACUUCUUUUGUGGAGACGCACGCGACGGUACCUUGAGAUAAGUCAGCUGAGUUAAAUAAGGAAUAAGGUUAAAAAGAGGAAUGGAGGAGGUAAAAGAAUGUGUUAAGGCCUUAAGCUGAGGCCAAAACGUGAAAUAAGAAUGAAUAGUCGUGAAUGAUAUGACGUAUGUAAAGUUGAAAUGUAAAUCUGUGAUGUGUUUAUUUUCUUUUAUAUGCAACUUUUUAGAAUAGUUUUUAGAAAAGUCAGAUUUAAAUACAGCUUCUGUGUAUACAUAAAAUAAUGUUUCCAGAAAUAUGGUUUUCUAAAAAAAAUGAUCGGCCGAUGAAAUUUUGGUUAGUAUGAAAAGUUCCAUUAGUGAUCUUUUUAUCAAGUGUUUUGUAGAUUAAUUUUUAAAUAAGUACAUUCAUUAUUUCAUAGUUCAUUUGUUCAUUCUAUCUGUAUUUGUGUGAAUAACUAAAUAAACAAAACCAAUUUAAAAUGUGCAUAGAUUUUAAUAAAAACCUUUUAGUGAUAAUGGGA